AUGACUAAUACGUUCAUGACAAUUAGAAGAACCGACUUUGUGCUGGUGGAAAGAGCAAGCGGCAAGAGCUACGCUCUGCCUGCACAACAAAACAUGCAACAAUCUAAUGCAUUCAUGGUAUUGUCCAAGAGCAACAACUCUCAGUCCUUGACUGUGAUCGACAACCGUAAUGGCAAGUCUUAUCAGAUUCCCAUUGAAAACGGAUCCACCAUUAGAUCUACUGCGUUCCAAACCAUCAAACAUGACAAGAUCGGUCUGCGUAUGUUCGACCCUGCUUACCAGAACACUGCUGUUGCUUGCUCCAAGAUCUGUGAUAUCAAUGGCGACGAGGGUAUUCUUCGCUACAGAGGUUACCCCAUCGAAGAACUUGCCGAAAAGUCCAACUUUCUUGAAGUGUCUUAUCUGCUGAUUUAUGGUGAGCUUCCUACUCGCAAUCAGUAUGAAACAUGGUCGAGCCAGGUCAUGAGUCAUACUUUUAUUCAUAAUGGCGUUCAAGAACUCAUGCAUUCAUUCAACUACGAUGCUCAUCCCAUGGGCAUGUUUAUCAGCUCCAUUGCUGCCAUGUCAACCUUUCAUCCUGAAGCAAACCCUGCUCUUGCUGGCAAUGAGAUUUUCAAAAAAAACCUAUCUAUUCGCAACAAACAGAUCCUUCGUCUGUUGGGAAAGGUUCCUACGAUCGCUGCUGCCUGCUAUCGUCAUCGUAUUGGCCGUCCUUACAAUAAUCCAUCCAAAAAUCUGUCUUACACUGAGAAUUUUCUCAACAUGAUGGAUCGUCUUUCCGAGCCAGACUACAGAUCCAAUCCUAAACUCGCAAAAGCCCUAGACGUACUGUUUAUCCUUCAUGCUGAUCAUGAACUCAACUGCUCUACGGCCGCAAUGCGCCAUAUUGGUUCAUCACUCGUUGAUCCUUAUAGUGCAGUCGCAGGUGCUGCUUCUGCCCUAUAUGGUCCAUUACAUGGUGGUGCCAAUGAGGCUGUUCUCCGCAUGCUGGAGGAUAUUGGCACAGUUGCCAACGUUCCUGCCUUUAUUGCCCAGGUAAAAUCCCGUCAACGUAAACUCAUGGGAUUUGGCCACCGAGUUUACAAAAAUUACGAUCCUCGUGCAAAAAUCAUUCGUCGAAUCGCAUUUGAAGUUUUUGAAAUUUGUGGCCACGAGCCGCUUGUAGAAGUUGCGAUUGAGCUGGAAAAACAUGCUCUUGCUGAUUCAUACUUUGUCGAAAAGAAACUAUAUCCCAAUGUUGAUUUUUACUCUGGAUUGAUCUACAAGGCCAUGGGAUUCCCCACAGAUUUCUUUCCAGUCUUGUUUGCAAUUCCACGAGUUGCUGGAUGGCUUGCUCAUUGGGUCGAGAGUUUGGACGAUAAAGAUGCAAAGAUUUGGAGGCCAAGACAGGUUUAUGUCGGCGAAGCUAAACGAUCCUAUGUGCCCCUAGAUGCUCGACCCAAAAACGACAAAAUACUGACUCAAGCUGAUUCUCAUCCAUUCAGCAAGCGCAGCAAAAUUGCUAUCCAAUCCAAAAUUUGAUUUUAGAUAUUCAUCUGAAUCUUCAAAUGCCAACUCAAAUUUCAAGUAAAAUAAAAUCUUGUUUUACUAUGCAA